UAAAUAUGCACAGAUUAUUUUGUUGCAAACGUAACCAAAUCAAAUGCCUCCCCCCUCGGCCUGCCGUGUUAUGGUACGGUCUGUCGCCGUGCUGCGCGGGAGCGGAAAACGUGCAGACAGUACGGAAAGGGACGACUGUCGUUUUCAGUGUGCCAAAACAUUCAACAUGGCGCGAGAUUUCAAACCUGGUGAUCUGAUCUUUGCCAAGAUGAAGGGAUAUCCACACUGGCCUGCAAGAAUUGAUGAAGUCCCUGAUGGUGCGGUGAAGCCAUCCAACAUCAAGUUCCCCAUCUUCUUCUUUGGCACCCAUGAAACUGCAUUUCUCGGUCCCAAGGAUAUCUUUCCAUACCUGCCUAAUAAGGAGAAGUACGCCAAGCCCAACAAGAGGAAAGGCUUCAAUGAAGGCCUGUGGGAGAUUGAGAACAACCCCAAGGUGGAGCUGACAGCCCCCAAGCCAGUCCCUCCAGAAACUUUCGCUGAAAAGGAUUUGGACAGUAGUCCAGAAGGGGAAGAGGAUACAGAUGAGAAGAGGAUCAAAUCCAAAGUUCCAGGAAGUGAGGCUGGACAUGAGAAUGAGGAGGAGGAGGAGGAGGAAGGGUCUCUGGGCUCUGAACAGGGUCCUCAGAACCAGGAUGACUCCACACAGAAGGAAUCCACAGACGUUCCUAAACCUAAAAGAGGGAGAAAGAAAAAGAGUGAUGCUGACCAGGACACUGAUAAAGAAGAUGCUCCUUCCAGUCCUACUAGUCCUCCAGGUGGAGAUGGUCCUAAACGCCGGGGCAGGAAGCCCAAAAGUGAGAAGAUGCUUUUACUCCAGCAGCAGCAGGAUCCCCAAGGCUCGGGGAGUGAAAUGGAGACUGCAGAGUCAGAAAGAAAGAGAAAGAGGGCAGCAGAGGACAAGUCCAAGAGUGGAGAGGAGGAGAAAAGGAAGAAGAAAGAUGACAGCAAAGGAAAAGAUCCAGAUGCGAAGGAGCCUGAGGCCAAGAAAAAGAGACAAGCCAAGGAUGACAGCUCCUCGGGUUCAGAGGAUGAGGAGAAAAACAAGGGCCGAAAGAGACAGAACAGCUCACUGGAAACAGAUAAAGAUGUCCGGCGGAGGAAAGCAGAGGAAUUGAGAGAACAAAACAAAGAUGAUGGGAAAAAAAGCGACGAGAGAAAAGGAGAAAAGAAAAAAGAAGUCUCAACAGACCUGAAACUCCAAAGACUGCACAGUGAAAUCAAAAUUUCACUGAAAAUCGACAACCCCGAUGUGAAGAAGUGCUUGGACGCUUUGGAUGAGAUCGGGACCCUUCAGGUCACUACCCAGCACUUGCAGAAACACAGUGAACUAAUCGCCACGCUCAAAAAGAUCCGCAGAUUCAAGGCCAGCCAGGACAUCAUGGACAAGGCCACCAUGUUGUAUAACAAGUUUAAGAGUAUGUUCCUGGUGGGAGAAGGUGACUGUGUGCUCAGCCAAGUGCUCAACAAGUCUCUGGCCGAACAGCGGCAGCACGAAGAAGCCAAGAAAGGCGCGCUGAAGAGAGCUGAACAAGCCAAGGAGCAAAACUCAGACAAGAUGACAAAUGGUGAUUUUAACGCUGAAGAAAAGAAGCAGGAGACAGACAGAGAGAAGCUUCAUGAAGAGGCGUCAGCAGGAGAGAAUCACAGUGCCCCAAAAGCUCAGGAAGAGUCCACUUGAGUCUGCUACGGAGCUGAAAGAGAAGCAAUUUGCAGCUGCGUUCAGAUGACCUUGUCCAAACUGGGCUCACCAACUGGGAUGUCCUGUCCAAUUCUACCCCUAUAAGCUCAGCAGAGGCCUGAUACUGACUACUGGUCACCAGAUUUGCCAAGUUUCUGUCAUAGUGCAUACUGUUGGCGCUCAAAGGUUGCAGUACCUCCAAACACAUCAAGUUCCAAGACAAAGACUUCACUUUUAUUUUUAUUUUGUGUCUUCUUUGCCUUUCAGACAACGUAUACAUGCACAUCCAUACCUGUUUAAAUUUAUGCAAUGAUGCUAUGAAGCAAAAGGACUUGUUUGCACAGGCUGUCAUAGGUGUUGCAUCUGCAUCACUGUGAACUUCAGAUCGCUUUAUUUGAGCAUGCCCACGGUAACAAAAGUAGUGAGGGUUUUUUUUUUUUUUUUUUUUGAGUUAAGCUUUUUGGUCAUUGUAUUAAACCAAGCCAGAUCAUUCAUAUCAUGAAGAGCAGAAAUGCACCUGAGAAGAUCUUGAGCACCACAUGCUUCCAGUUUGCAUUUGGAGUAGGUAGUUUUUUUUCAUUGUACUCUGUCAGUUCGUGUAUUUGAACAGUACGUUUUUCACAUUUUGAAGAAUCUGCAGUUGAGUCGAAUCAACAUUCCAGUGACAAAUGAUGUGAGGAAGUGAGGGUUGGUCAUCGCGGACGGAAAGGAAACUCAACCUCGGUUUGCCAAAGUUUCUUUUGCCAAGAAAAUGCUUUAUUCAACCAUUUUAAAGCAUGUGUUUUUAAAUGUUCUUUUCUAACAUAGAUGUAAAUAAGAGUAUUUUUGUCCCUGUUUUAGCAUCCAUUAAUAAAGCAAUAGUUCAUAGGUCAUUC